AUGGAUGAUGACAAUCACAAUACCACAUCCGAUUACAAGGGCAAAGGGAAGGAUGACGCUCCUUCCCCCUUGACGCCUGACCAGGACGAUGGCACCGAGGUUCAAUUUCAACGCCUCCAAGAAGACCAUAGCGCAUCUUCCAAUCGGUCUUUGGCUGCCCGCAUUGCUACUUCAGCAGCCAAUCUGUCUAAGAGCGCCUUAACAAGCCGACCUGACGACUUUCCGGGUAUGACUGUUGAAAAAGCACAAUCAGGGUCCAGCUCCGCCGCCGAUCUCCCCAAAGGACAGACCGCCACCUAUCAUAACGAGAAUGGAACCGGAUCUGGCGCUACGCAGGCAUUUUCUCGACGACAGCAUCUGUCUACAGCUGAAUAUCAAUACACCGAUUUCAAGGAUGUCCAGUCAGAUAUAGACGCCUCAAGUCUGGCUCAACAAUUGGAGGCAGCGCAACUAGAGGCAGAACUAACUAUUCCAGUGGUAUCUCAUCAGCUUAGUGUCACUUCUGCUGUCAGCUCACAGGAAGCUCGAGACGGCCACCAAGUGACAGAUCUUCUGAACAUACCUGGAGUCCCCGGUGACGAGGACAGCGACAAUGGUCUCCAAUUGGACCUAUCCCCUCAAGCAGAGGCUUCAUUAAAAAAGGCGCUAUUCGGGGCCAGUGGGGAAAGAACCACUUCAAACUGGACCACUCUUCUUGACUUUGAGCCCGACUUUUUGCAACAAGACAAUCCUGCUGGAAUCCAGCAGCAUUUGGGUGAUGUCGACCCGCAACACGCGAGGAGCUUAUGGGUUGAUGGCUGGAGUGAGGUGCUCACAAGUUAUACCGACGAUGUUUGGGGCGAUCUCGAUUCCCUUGCCCGAGAGGCACAGAGGGAACUCGCGAAUGCUCAAGGGCAUGCACAAGGUAACCAAGGGCUGAGGGUUGGCGACAUGAAGGCGCUUCAACGACUCAGGCAGAUUUUAGCGCACGUCCGAGGGAGUUGUUGA